ACCAGUCUUGUCUGAGACCCAGCAACCUUAGCGACCUGAUGAGACUUGGAGUGCAUUCUCUCCCUUUCCUUCCAGAGACCAAAGGGAGGAGAUAGUUAGGAGGAGAAGGAAAGAGGGUCCCAGGAGGCUCCAGUGUCAGCAUUCGUCAUGCUUUCUGGAACUGAAGUCUGAGGCUUUCCUGCGCUGAGUGUUUGUGUCUCAUCCACCACACCCUGAAAUCAAACUCGCAGCUUAGGUGAACCAGGCACUGUACAAACAUGUCAGAUUGUCUCCACCCCCUUCUCCUCUCCCGCGCUCUCCUACCUUCUUUCUCCCAAGUUUCUCAGCGCGUCAGUGAAUUCCAGCACGAGACCGUACCUACCUCGCCUCUGGCUCCGGAGCACUGACAGGUGUGGGGAUAUUAAUGACUUAAUAUAUUCAAUGACUGAACAGUGAAGAAGAAGAAAGGAAGCUUGUAGCUGGCCAGAAAUAACACCUGAUAUGAGCCUUCAAGAGGCCGAGAAGCGAUCUCCCUACUACACAAGUUGGGAGACCAGCCACAAAUCUUAAAAUAGAAACUUUUGAAUAUUGAAUAACAGACUGGAUAUUUGCUUUAAAAAGUGUGAGCAACCCACAAUUUGGUCAUGUUUGUCUAAGCUAUUUGAUGCAUUUGCAAAAUCCACAAUCUGUUCAAAUGAAAUUAAUGAGCAGAAGAAAGGGCUAAAUAUUUUGAAUGAACUGUUUGAAAGAAUUAAGCAGUAAGUAAAAAAGGCACCAUGUUCCGCAAAAAGAAGAAGAAACGCCCCGAGAUCUCAGCUCCACAGAACUUUGAACACCGGGUCCAUACCUCAUUUGACCCAAAGGAGGGUAAAUUUGUGGGACUACCUCCUCAAUGGCAAAAUAUUCUAGAUACAUUGAAACGCCCAAAGCCAGUUGUAGACCCUUCAAGGAUCACUCGCGUGCAGCUUCAACCUAUGAAGACUGUGGUGAGGGGCAGCACUGUCGAAGUGGAGGGAUAUAUCUCUGGAAUACUCCAUGAUAUUCAGAAGCUCUCUGCCAUCAGUUCCAACACUCUGAGGGGAAAGAGUCCCACCAGCAGGAGGAGAGCCCAGUCACUUGGACUGCUGGGAGAGGACAGGGCCCCUGACAUGUACCUUCAGAGCCCUGACGCAGACUACACAGACAACUGUGGAGACUACCUCAAUUGUAAUGGUGGGACCAAGGCGACCCGAAGGCAGACUAUGUGGCCAGAUUAUAAACCCCGGGUGGAUGGGGAGUCUCAUUCCAAUGGUAUGGUAAUGAAAGCACAGUCCCUUGGGCCUUCAGAAUUCCAAGGUGUAGGCAGUUGCUGCAUCCAGCUCGCGUUAGGUUCCCAGCACCAGCAGUACACCCCUAUUCUGACUGGGAAGAGUGACAAGGCUGGAAAAAGAAGCUCAGAGGACUGUUGGCCUCAGCCCUGCUUGGUGGGACAGUCAAAUCCCAGGCCUUCUGGGGAGGGCAGCCCUGGCUCUAAAUCACGGGAAAACAGCUUGAAGCGAAGGUUCUUACGAAGCAUGUUCCCAUCAGCAAGUGGCGCAAACAAGUCGGGUCCCACCCUGCAGAUAAAGCCUACUGCUUUCUUCAGGCCUCAGCAAUGGGGCUCACCACGCAGCCCUGCAUCCAAAGCCCAGUCUCUUCCCUCUGAUCAUCCAGCACAAGAUUUUACUAGGAUGAUUUCAGAAGCCAGUACCCCUCAGAAGUCCCCAACCACUGAGAAAGCAGUUACUCUACAACAGGGCAGACCAUCGCCAGCAGGGUCCCCCCGAAAUAGACAGACUCAAACUAGUGCCAGCAACCUUCACCUACCCCUGGAAUCUUCUGCUAAGGGACAGCUGGCCAAUGAGGACCCUGUGGUUGUAACUCAUGAGCAGUUCAAGGCUGCUCUUAGGAUGGUGGUGGACCAGGGUGAUCCACGGACCCUACUGGAGAACUAUGUGAAGAUUGGCGAAGGAUCCACAGGCAUUGUCUGCAUUGCUUGCGAGAAGCACUCUGGGAGACAAGUGGCAGUGAAGAUGAUGGACCUAAGGAAGCAACAGCGACGGGAACUACUUUUUAAUGAGGUGGUUAUAAUGAGAGACUAUCAACAUGUCAAUGUGGUAGAGAUGUAUAAAAGCUACCUGGUAGGAGAGGAACUCUGGGUGCUGAUGGAGUUUCUGCAGGGUGGAGCCCUCACAGAUAUUGUCUCGCAAAUCAGACUAAAUGAGGAACAAAUUGCUACAGUGUGCGAGUCAGUGCUGCAAGCACUUGCAUACUUGCAUUCCCAGGGCGUGAUUCACAGAGACAUUAAGAGUGACUCCAUUCUCCUGACCCUUGAUGGAAGGGUGAAACUCUCAGAUUUCGGAUUCUGUGCUCAGAUCAGCAAAGAUGUCCCAAAAAGGAAGUCACUGGUAGGAACUCCAUAUUGGAUGGCUCCAGAGGUCAUUGCAAGGGUCCAAUAUACUACUGAGGUGGAUAUCUGGUCUUUGGGGAUCAUGGUGAUAGAGAUGGUAGAUGGGGAACCUCCCUAUUUUAGUGACUCUCCUGUCCAAGCAAUGAAGAGACUUCGCGACAGUCCUCCUCCCAAGCUGAAAAAUUUUCACAGGACUUCCCCAGUUCUGAGAGACUUCUUGGAGCGGAUGCUGACACGAGAUCCCCUGGAAAGAGCAACAGCACAAGAACUUCUAGAUCACCCCUUCCUGCUCCAGACUGGACUUCCAGAGUGCCUGGUACCCCUUAUUCAACAGUACAGGAAACGCACCUCCACUUGCUGACUGCUCAUGGAAAAAUGCUGAUUUUCCAGCACUGGAAAUGCAAUACCUAUGCUGGAAAUACUGUCUGUACUCAACUGAGACCCAGACAGUCUCACCCUGUGAAUGGUGCUUGCCAGUAUUCUUUCAAAAGGAUGAAUGUGAAUACUCCUGAAUACUCCCCUCCAGCCCAUGGUCUCUAGCUGCUGCGUUUUUUUUGGCUGAAGACAAUCAACAGAAACUAGAUCUGAGUAAGACCCAAUCUUGCUCAAUAAGAAGACAAUCUUUACAUGACUUCUGAAUUGCUCAGCUUUCCUACAAGAAUGGCAUUUUUAAGAUAAGUGAAGUUGUAUAUAUGUCUGCAAACUCCUGAAAACUUUAGCCAUUGGUGACCAAAUUGGAACUAUUUCCUAAACAGAAAUGUGAUAUUUGUUCUUGUAUACCGAAGUCCUGGGCUGACCCAAAGCAGAUGCAUUUUGGGGCAGCUGACUCCUUUAAGAAACAAUGCUGUUUUUCUUUAAGAUGUUCUCUCAGAGAUGAUUUUUUCUCAUUCCUGAAAAAACAGAUGUGGUGUAUGCUGUAUAAUAUUUUCAAAUGCCUCAUUCACAUGCAGCAAACUGCUUCAUUUUUGCAGAAGAUGUAUGUGAUUUAGCAACAAGACUAGCAGGUGGGCUGCCAUGAGUCCAUUUCACAAUCUUACCUGCAUGAAGGGUGAUUCUGACUGGCACGAUGUCUGCUCAUAGUCUAUUCUGCCGGCCACCAGAGCCCUACAGUUGAGAAUUCCUAAAACCUAACACCCUGGUCUUCUCUAGCACUGCCUGGAUUGGAAAGUGAAACCUUGUUCUUGGCAGGAAGAGUUUAAGAAAGCUUGUUCCAGGAUCCAAGACCCCAGAGAGACAUUAGACUGAUGUCAAGAUAAGCUUCCCUGAAACAGCUUUUGGGUAGCCCUGCAUACAAGUUGUGAAACCUGUAACAGGUUCAAUAAAACAUUGAAGCUGUCCUGUAUAUCCAGUAAAAAGGUGAUUUGUUUUCUUGGUGAGAGCAUUUGGCUUCCACCUCCUGUUUUUGCUACAGCCGGACAAUGCCAGGAGAUUUAUUUUGUUGUGUAAUUUGUUAUUGGCACCCUGCAUCUUUGCUGAUAUGUCUGAAGGAGUCCUGAAACCAUUUUUUAAAAUAUAUUUAGACAUUUUGUAUGAUAAGUUGUUUGAUCACUGAGAUUGUCAAGAUCAUUUGACAUCUAGGUCAGGUGGUAACAUGUAUAGUAAUGUGUAUAAUUGUGAGGUAUCUGGAACAUAGCCCUGCAUGUGAAACUGGGAUCCCCAUUUGCAGCCAAAUUACAAAGCUCACAAACAUGUUGAUUCUUUUGGGGCAGCCCUACUGCCUCAAAAAUUAACUUUAUAAAUUAAUUCUCUUAAUUCACCUCUUUACUUUCACUACCACCCCCAGUUACAGAGCUGGCUUUAGAUGAGUAAUAUAAAAUUCUGUGGCCACAUUGGGGAAAUUUUGAUGUCAAAUGUUUCUAUAUUUCCAGAUAUCUAUCCUUUUUAUGAAAAAAAAAAAAAGCCUUUUAAAAGGCUUAUAAUUUGAAACAAAUGAUCCUUACUUUCUAAACCUGUGAAUUGUUUGCACUUGUGCUUUAAAUUAAAGUAGGUCUUGAUUUAUUCAUAAA